AUGGAAAACCAAACCAUGGAAAUUGAAAUGCCUGUUGUAAUUGUAGGUGCAGGGCCUGCUGGCUUAGCAACUUCAGCAUGUCUUAACAAAUUUUCAAUCCCAAACAUUGUCUUAGAAAAAGAUGAUUGUCAUUCAUCUCUUUGGAGAAAAAGAGCUUAUGAUCGUAUAAAACUCCACUUGGCUAAAGAAUUUUGUAACCUACCUCACAUGCCUUUAUCGUCUAGUUUACCAAAAUUUGUUCCUAGGACUGAUUUUCUCCGUUAUUUGGACGAUUAUGUAAUUAAUUUAAAGAUCCCUAUUCGGUAUAACCGGUAUGUCAAUGAUGCAUCUUAUGAUGUUAAUAGUGAGAAAUGGAGGGUUAUUGUGAAGCAUAGUACAUUAAAUGUCGAUGAGAUUUAUGUUGCUGAUUAUCUUGUGGUUGCAACUGGAGAAAAUUGUGAUGCUUAUAUUCCGAUGGUAAAUGGGCUUGAAAACUUUGAAGGUGAAUACCUUCAUUGUAGCAAAUAUAAGAAUGGAAGAUCAUGGUACCAGAAGAAUGUGUUGGUUGUUGGAAGUGGAAAUUCGGGCAUGGAGAUUGCUUAUGAUCUCUCAAAUUGGGGUGCAAAUACGUCCAUGGUUAUAAGAAGUCCUGUACAUUAUUUCUCAAAAGAAAUGGUGUAUGUGGGAAUGUCUAUGCUGAAAUACAUGAGCAUUGAUAAGGUGGACAAGCUGAUGUUGGCUAUGAGCAAAAUGAAGUAUGGAGAUAUGUCUAAGUAUGGCGUCGUCCGACCAAAAGAAGGACCGUUUGCCAUGAAAGUGAGUGGUGGUCGUACCCCUACCAUUGAUGUUGGUUGCAUGAAGAGGAUUAAGAAAGCCAAAGUAAAGGUAUACCCCGCCAUUGCAAGCAUAAAAAAGGACAAGAUCGUUGAGUUUGAGGAUGGAAAAAGUGGUGAAUUUGAUGUCAUAGUCUUUGCUACUGGAUACAAAACCAAUGUGAAACAGUGGCUUAAGGAUUAUAAAGAAUUGUUCAAUGAGAAAGGAAUGCCAAAAUCAAGUUAUCCAAAUCACUGGAAAGGAGGAAAUGGAAUUUAUUGUGCUGGAUUCUCAAAAAAUGGAUUACAAGGCAUUGCUAAUGAUGCUCGGAAAAUAGCAGAUGAUAUAUGCAGUGUCACUAUUAAUGCAAGGAAACUACCUACAGCUGCUGAGGCCAAUGCUCAAAUCAAGUCAUUCGAUGAACGAUUUUAG